CAGCUGCGCGCACACACGCACGCACACAAUCACAAGGGUAGGCGGAGGCUACAGACAGGGACACAAACACGUAGUAGGCGGAGGCAAGAUGACACGCGCGCGCGCACGCACUCACACGCAUUGGAGGGAACCCCAUCAGCUGUGGACAGCUACAACUUUUUGUUUUUCAACCCCGUUUUUUCACAUCACCGCGCGUCUUGCUUGUGAGUGACUGCUCGAAUAGACUACGGCAACUGUGCGUUUCCCGGUACAGUCUUUGUUUUUUUUCCCCACCGAGGGAGAGAAGUGGGUGGGAGAGAGGGCAAAACACGCGUUUCAGGGGGUGGCUUUGAAAGCAUGGAAUAUUUCAUGAUGCCGACAGAGAAGAUACCGAACCUCCAGCAGUUCAAGAAGACGGAGAAGGAUGUUAUCGGGGGACUGUGCAGUCUGGCCAACAUUCCCUUCAGUCCAGAGACGGCACAAGACCAGGAGAGGCGAAUCCGACGCGAAAUCGCCAACAGCAAUGAGCGGCGGCGCAUGCAAAGCAUCAAUGCGGGCUUCCAGUCCCUGAAAACUCUCCUGCCUCACACAGAUGGGGAGAAACUAAGCAAGGCAGCCAUCUUGCAACAGACAGCAGACUACAUCUUCACCUUGGAGCAGGAAAAGACGCAGCUCCUGUCACAGAACAACCAGCUCAAACGCUUCAUACAGGAGUUCAGCGGUUCCUCGCCCAAGAGGAGGCGAGCGGAGGAGAAGGAUGAAGGCAUUGGCUCUCCUGACACUCUGGAUGAGGAGAAGGUGGAGGAGCUGAGGAGGGAAAUGCUGGAGUUACGUCAGCAGCUGGAUCGAGAACGCUCUGCUCGGAUGCAGCUGGAGGAGCAGGUGCGCUCUCUGGACACCCAAGGGCACCCGGAUCGCCUCAGGGUGAUCACCCAGCAGGUGGACGAGGAGCAUGCGCAGCUCCAGAGCCAGACGCUGUUGAGGCUACAACAAAUCCAAGCGGCAGACAGACCACCUCGCAGUCCAAAGUUGGAGACUUCCCCCACGCCCAUCGCCUCAACCCACCACCCGACAGUCAUCGUGCCAGCGCCAACACUAACCCAGCAACCCCAUCACCACGUCACCGUGGUAACCAUGAGCUCGUCUCUCCACAACAGCACAAUGUCCACGUCGAGACAAAACCUGGACACCAUUGUGCAGGCUAUCCAUCACAUCGAGCGCACUCAGGAGAGGAGAGCAAGCGCAGAGGAGGAGCAAAGACGAGCCGUCAUUGUAAGCCCCGCCCACAUCGCCAUGGACACAGCCUGCUCUGACACCGACACAAACACAGAGGGAGAGGACUGCUCAAUGAACUGAUUGUGCUGUGAACUCACAAACACUUAACACCAUCUCACUGUAAGAUUCCAUCCAGAAGUUUGACUACUUAAAAAAAAAAAAAUCUCUCCAAGCUCCAACUUCCUGUAGUGAAGCGCUUUUCUUUGUUGCUCUCAUGGUUUAAAUUGUCCGACUGAAAAAUACGCAUGUUGGGCGUGCAGAGGAGGCCGGGGGGGCUUCUUGGGGCUGCUAGUCAUCGCUCCGUCCUCCCAGUUUUCCAUUGCACUGACAAUAUUGUGCUGCAAAUUGACAUUUUUACUGUAAUGGAGAACUGAAUGUAAUACGGUAAGCAGCAGCCUGUGACUUUUUGAUUAAGAACGGAGGACUUAAGAGUUGCAAUUUUUCUUCCCCGAGUCUUGUAUAUUUUCUAAAUAAGGCAGGUCACACAGACUUCAUUACAGAAUCGAUACUAAAGAAAAAGAUUUUACUUGAAUAAAUAUAAUUAUCAUCUUAAGCCCUUAAAAUGGAUAUCGAAGAAUAUAAGCUAUUGAACGAUUGACAGUCUGUUCUGUGUUUUGGGAAAUGCAUCAUGACAGGGUUACUGAACUGCAUUCUCUUAUGAAAUCAACUUAAAAAUUAGAUGUUUAUUUGGUUUGAUAAGGAGCCUUUUUUUUUUUUUUUUUGCCUUGAGAUCCAAAAUUUGAGCCACCCAAUAUGCACCUGCUGAAUUAACGCGAGAACGAAAUGUUGGUUCACCAGUGUUGUGGUCACAACUGGCGGGCUUUCUCAGUCAAUCUCGGACAACUUGGCUGAUUGAAACAAUCUUACUUUUGUUAAUAAAAGAUGAAAAUGUGAUGUACUCGUAAAACACAGGCAACGUUAGUCUGCAUGACGAUUUCAUGUUUUCCACCAAAGACUUCCAGUCGCAACUUCUGAUCUUGGUUUAUUGUUUUCAGUGACUAUGCACUUGAGUGUUUGCUAUUUAUGCAAUUGCAUCUUCAGCCAAUUUAUACACGAGGUGAAGAUUACUAUGCACCGUUAAUAGGUGUGUGUAUGUCACACCAACAGUCUAAUUGUGACGCGCUUGUAUCACAGGAGGUCAUUAUCAUUCUUAGAAGGUGCUGUUUACCAACAUGGUGCUCUGCUGUCUAGCACUGAGCUAAACAUUUUCAAAUGUGGCCAGUCAUUUCCACAUGACUGAAUUAGGUUUGUGUGGUUGUGCUGGGAAAAAAUUGAGAAGUCGUUAGUGUUGUAAAAGACACCAAGAUCGCUCACUGUCAAAUUGAAAUACCACAACGGUCCAAAAAUGAGCACUGGCCAAUUCUCGGAAUCGCUUCAUGUUGUGAUUUUUGUUUAUCUUGUCUGGGGGGGUUUCCUUUUCAACUGGAACUCUUGUGUUUCUAUUUCCAAACACAACUUGACGCUGUAAACAUUCCGUGUGUUUGGAGUUGUCUUCAUCUCACUAGUUCUGUUGCAGAUUGAAUGCAUGUAACUAACGUGUUGUGUAACAGGCAGUUUCUUUUUGUUUUGACAAACAUGUUGAACGUGAAAAGGGUUUCGGAAGUAUGUGGACACUGCUGCUCACAAUCUAACAUCAGUGUUCCAUCUGGUUCAACUAGUUUGUUCCACGCAAUGUGGGAAGUGAAGGGGGUUGUUCGUAGUGUCAAA